AUGUGGAACAAGGAAGAGACUGAACCGCGGGGUCUGGCGAUUUAAACUAGAUUUAACACAGGUUGUAGGUUUAAAUAUCAAAUGUCGACCAUCGGAUAUUAAAAGACAUACCCAACUAUCUAACAACGAAGGCUGGUGCAGUUUGAGGUAGGUCGGACUCUGACGUACUUGAUACAUGUUGAUAUGGCCACACGUGUGCUGUGCUACAUUGCUCGAGCUUUGUUUACAAACAAGCCUGAUGCAUGCAAACACAACACUCUAACAAUCAACUGAGAACUGGGGUGUAAUCAUUCAUCUAAACAACGUUUUGCCACUAAAACGAGAGUUUCUAUUGAACAAAUGCAGGUAUACUCCCCCCCCCCCUUCCAUUAAGAAAAGUUUAGCAACAGAAUGAAUAUACCCAUGGCAUUCAGUAAUAAUGGCAAAUGAAGUAGGCUACUAUGAUAAUCUCAUGUCAGUGGAUCUUUGUCAUGCAUUCUGCUCGCACCAUGUAACAUUGCCCAGUCCCAAAUCAACCCCUACCUCACCUCAGACACUUACUGUAGGCUACAUGCUGGUGUCAAUGCCUGUCUGUCAAAACAAAAUAGAACCUAAUAGACAAGAUAAUUCCUGAAGCCAAGAUCGGUGCAUCUACAUUCUCCAUCUCUAUUUUAAUGGUGUUGUUUUAGUGACUGAAUCCAUGACUAAGAAAAGAGGAAUUGAGGAAAUUCUGAGAACGAGGUUUCAGCACCAGUGUGAACAGGAAAGAGAAGUGACAGAUGAGUGUGAGUGUGGAGUUUUCAGUUUGUGGCACUCAGUGGUGAGAUUUUGUUACUUAACUAGGGGGGGUAGGAGAACUACAUGGGUGUGCUGGCUAUAUCCAGUUAUUACAUAGAGUUUUACAUAGCUGUGGUGUGUGUUGUGGCUGGAAUGAAAGCACCUGUGUUUAGUGUUUUCACCAUCUUUCUGGUGGAAUUUCUCCUGUUCUUUUGAAGUUCCUGUGCUCUCCCUGAGUCUGACCUUGUGUCUAUCAUUACUCUAAGGUUGUGCACACAGGUGAGUGUGAGUGAGUGUGUCCGUGUGUGUCAUUACGGAUCUUCUCUACGGGGGUGUGUGUCAUUGCUGGCCAGCUGGUGUGUAGGUGCAGAUGGUACAGGUGUUACUAGGUGUUAAUGAAUGACUAUCCAACAGGGUGUCAGAUGGGUGGGUUAAGCUCCAUGGUUCUCCUCAUUUAGAGUGCUGCACAUCUGAACUCGCAUCACGGUCACUGAGCUCUAAUGUGUGCAACUUCUUGGUGUUACUGACUGUCACUGUGUAUGGGUAUAGUGAGAGUCUGAGUGGAACCGUUAAUUACAUAAGUCUAUGUCAUGAGUGGAACAGGUGUGAAAAGGAUGUUGUGAAGGCAAGGCAUUCCACUCUGACUAUAGUCAUUAGUUUAACUGAGGUAGGCCUAAAUAGCGGAUAGGUAGAAUUUUCUCUCUUCUCAACUUUGUAGUUCGGAAGGAAACAUAGGGCCUGUUACAGUUCCUAAAGCUGUGAUGACAAGUCCUGUGGGGGUUGGCUGGUUCCCCAUUCUUCCAAACCCAGUGGGACAGCCAUCACUGCCUGAUGCUUUACAGACCCAAACCCACUCGAUUCCCCCGCAACACCCCAUUACAGGACUGCACUGUCAUUUUUACAUCCACCCACUGUGGCAGGUAGCCUAGCGGUUAAGAGCAUUGGGCCAGUAACCGAAAGGUCACUGGUUCGAAUCCCGAGCCGACUAGGUGAAGAAUAAAAAAAUCUGUCUGUGCCCUUGAGCAAGGCACUUAACCCUAUUUGCUCCUGUAAGUCGCUCUGGAUAAGAGCGUCUGCUAAAUGUAAAUGUAAACAAUGAUCACAAUUGUCACAAAUAUCCCAACUUUGUUUUAUUUCCAAUACAUCGUUUAGAUACAAACAGAAUUACAGACGGAAAGACCUCACGUGCGUGUGGAGGUGUGAGAUGCAUGUGACGGUGCGUGAGGUCCGUAUCUCCUCAGAGUCAGAGACUUCCUACUUCCUGCGAGUGGAGUGGAGGGGGCGGGACUUAGGCUCUGGCUUCCUGUUACUGCUGACUGACGGACUGAACGCAUGGAGAGGAGAGGGUAAACACACAAACACACCUGACGAACACGCACACACAAACAUGACCACACACCUGUCUAAACUCUCACCUGAAUCUUCCCUCCUUUCCCUCCCUGUAGUAUCAGAGGAUGGAGUGAGGGAGGAGGCUGAGGAGUUGGAGAUGCAGACAGAUCGUUACAUCCAGGAUCUCCAGCAGGCCCUGACUGGGACUGAACCCUCCUCUACUGACUACAGCUUCACCUUGACCUAUAACCCCGGCCCAGUGACCAAUAUGACCCUGGCCUACGAGAAGGUGCAGAGGGACAUCUCGGUGAGUGGCGUGGCGAGUCAUAACAUAGGCUGUGUUUUUUGGCCCCAACAAGUUUAACGACUAUCCCUAACCUUUACCAUAGCCCUAACCCUAUCAAAUAUUUUACUUGUAGUGUUUAUUUGAGUAAGUUAGCCAUCCAUCAUGUGAUAUCUGAUCUGUGUACAGUGUCACAUACACUUUGAGGUUCAUGUGAGGACGUCAUUAGAAUUAACAAUGAUGAUGUUUGUAUAUGAUGUCAUCCUUAAGAGUUCAUGGAAGUGAGAGUGAACUGUGUCUCCAAUAACCUCAUGUCGUAUCUCAUAUCAUAUCUCAUGUCCCCAUUUCCUCUCAGGACCCUCUCACUAGCACUAAUUGAGCUAAUGAACCCAGGAAGACAUUAAUGUAGUGAAGCGCCGCUCUAGGAGGUUACCAUGCCUUAGAAGUGUUGUUGUUAUGUUAGUACCUGUAAUCUUCUCUUCCCAUAGCUGUUAUAGGCUAGUAGUAUUAAGCCCUCUAUAGGAUUAGUGUCAUAUAACUGUAAAAACAAACAAAAUGGAGGCCAGUGGUGUGAUGAAAUACAGGUAGUUAUUAUUAUCCCAACAGUGGGAUAUUCGUCUUUCAGCUUCACAGUAUAUUAAAACACACAAGUCAGUCAGGCAGUCAUAUCAACAGCAGGGUUGUAUUGGAUAGUUCAGGAGUGCGUUGUUGUUUCCCAGUGGUAACGUCAUCCUAAUAUUAGCUGUGUUCGAAUACUCAUACUAACCUUACUAUUUGUGACGUAAAUUGAGUAUGUAGUAUGCUUAUUGGUCAUAGUAUGGAUAUAGUUAGUAUGCCAAAAGUUCCCAGAUGUCUACUAAAUUCGUAUACAAGCAGUGGACACUAUUUCCGUGCUAUUAGGGCCCAUAAUGCAAUUCUUCAGAAAAUGGGCGUGGCUUCACAACGUUUUCAGAUUUGAAGAAAAUUGUGGAAAUAUGCAGCAGAAGAGCAGAUACAAAUUCGUUGCUUUAACUAAUUAUGACAAAUGUUAAGAAAAUGUCGAGCAAUGUAAUAAAGUAAUUACUUUUCAAAUAAGUUACCUUACACGUUAUGUUGGCUGACAAUUUGUUAGCUACACUAUCCUUACGAACCGCAUAGCAUUACAGUAUGUUAGCUAGUUACCAUCCUAAAGUUAGUUGGCUACUAAUACAUCGAACUUGCCAGGCAGUAUAUUAACUAUAUGCUAUCUAACUAACUACCCAACGUUUAUUUAUUUGAUUAUUCAAGUCAUUCUUAGCUAAGUGGUAUAGUCGUUUCUCAAUGGACAUUGUUAAUUCUGGCUAUCUACUCCGACUUCAGAGCACUCUCGUCUGAGUGUGCCAGAGCGCAGAAUAACUGAUGGAUUUACUAACGCUCAACACCCGUUGAAUAUGGCCGGUGUCAGUAAACGUCGGCAAAAACAAGCGUAAUUCAAUUGUUGCCAGCAGCACAGUUACAGUCACCAACUCUCUGGAAAACAUGAAAACAGCCUAACCAGCUCUGCUAGGGCGAGUAAAAUGGUCAGAGUGAGGUGUUCUCUCAUUUGUUUUCUGGAAGUAGCUAGCAAGCUAGCCAGUUAGCUUGGGUGCUUGACUGCCGUUGUGAGGUCCAGUGUACGCUCCGAGAGCGAAACGCUUUGAAUUUACGAACGGACAAUCUGACAACGCUCUGGAUUUGCGCACUCUGGCACUCCAGAUUGAAUUUACGAACACACCCGAAAUUGUAAAACAUCUAGAUAGUCAUUUGUUAUGCUAACAAGCUAGCAAGAGGUUGCAUAGCAACAGCAUCAACUUCCGGUAGACAGGCUAGUACGCUCAACUGAAAAGAUACUGUUCGUUUACAGUACACUAAAAUGAACUAAUAGUAUGUAGUAUAUACUCAUUAAGUAUGUAGGAUACAUUAUGUUAAUAUGGGUAUUCGAAAACAACUAUUGUCUUCCUCCGACUCCCUGCUUUGACAGGAAAAUUAUCCUCAUGUUGUACUGUAGAAUACUAUCACUAUGGAGUUUAAACACACACAUAGCCAGCUUAGUGACAGUCAGUGUGCUCAGAGGUCAACCACACACACACAAGUCUACUUUGUGCUUUGUUGCCAUAGUAAUAGGGUAAUGACAGAAUGGAAAUCCUAGUGCAUGUGUUUCAGGAGAAAAGGGAAAUGAAUAGAAUUGACUUCUUCAGAAACGAGAGUUUUGGACCAGGCCGUUUACAGAAGUUUCUGUGGUGCAUCAUCCAAGAGGAAGAAGUGCCUAGCAUUUUCUGUUGCUCAACAGUUUAUAAAAAUAUGAAAUUAUUCAUCAUAGAAAUAUGACUCAUUAUCAAAUGAUCCAAGUCUGAUGUCUGGUCAUGCAACAGCAGUGUGUGUAUGCAUGUGUGUGUGUUUGUGCAUGUCUGUUGUGUAAUUUCUGCCGAGAGUGAGGUUUUAUUGACACCAGCUGUAAGGAAAGGAAGAACCUUACAAUAACCUUGUAGAACCGUAUACUGUAGAACCAUGUAGAACUCUGUAAAACAGACCUGGACAGGGAGAAUUAGGAACACCUGGGUGGAUGUUGUUUGGUAAAUGUAAAGAUGGGAAUGAGAUCUUCCUGUUUUUACUGCACGUCACUGGCCCAUAGCAUCAGCCCCAGGAAGGCUCCCACAUAGCUGCGAGGGUAUUAUCACCAUUACCAUACCAGCAGUGAUCAGUGUAUCAUCAAACAGCAACAUGUAUUUGACAAUAAACAGUCAUAGUAUGGCCCACGGGGCAGCCAUUUUCCACUAGUCAGUGGGUUUCCUCAGAUCAGUGAUAUUGUGCAACUUUACAUUUGAUUUUAAUUUGGGAGAACCAUUCCAGUAUUUUUAUAGUAUGUGAAUAACUGAGUAUUGUUGACUUGUCAUCCUUUCCCUCUCUGAUUUAGCUUUUCCUCUGUCGUUCUUCUCUCUUCUUUAUCCUCUUUUUUUCAUGGUGUUGAUUUUAUGCAGUCUAAUGUCUCUCAGAUCUUGUUGAGUAGCUUUGUGUGUGUGAGGAUGUGUGGUCUCUAUUCUCUUACUGUGUGCAGGUGGGUGUGUGUGUGUGUAGAGUCACAGGUCUAAACUACCCCCUGAACCCACUGAUCAUUCCCUCUGAGACCUGCUUUGAAAACCAACUCCAGAACCAGCAUGUGGAUCCAUUUACACCAGGACUGUGUGUGAAUGUGUGUGUGGCUGGGCUAUGUGUGUGUAAAUGUGCGGAGGUUAAUGGUUUUCAUCACUAGUAGAUGGACCAGUGUAAAGAGAGUCCCUGUAUGGCCAACGUGGGGCACAAACCAAGGUUCACAACAACACCAUUAUCUGGUUGCCGGUGAACUCACCACCAAUACACUACCACUGAAUCCCUCACAGCAGAAGCAGCAGUAGUUGUGGUUACUUUAGGAGCGAUCCAGUACUUUAGGAGUGAUCCAGACACCACAGUGAUGUAGUAGUGACAGUUUCUACCCAAAUAGAUUCUAAUUCUCUCCAUUAGUUAAUAAUUGAGUCUGAGUCACAGGGAGAGAGAGGCAAAUCCAGAGAGAGUCUGAAACAGUAAUGUUUCUAUGACGACUAAUGGAAGCUCUGCCCGAGUCAACAUUUCAUAGCCAACCUGGUGGCGAUCGAUCAUGAUACCGGCCAAUAGUGUUCGGGGCCAAAUCAUUAUUGACCAAUCGUUUUACUGCCCGUGUCUUUACCGGCCAAUCAAGUAACUGUCCAACUCGUUAAGGUGGGCACAAGUAUAUGUGUGUUACACGUGCAUAGAUUAACUCUCUCCCUUCCCUAAUCCCACCCCUGUCUCUCCCCUCCAGUUCCGCCUGGGUUCUGUGUUGCUGUGUAAGAUUCCAGAGCCAGUGGAGGAGGUCAGAGCAUUACUGACUCACGGUCUAGAACGUGGAACCGCACUGCAGAACCACAACCACUUACUAAAGGAGGAGAACCACAGACUCAAACAGGAGCUACAACACAUCAAUGCAGAGUAAGACUUUGUGUCUGUGUGUGUGUGUGGGUGUGUGGCUGCUGAGAAUGGAAAAUAGUGCUGAAAGGGGGCCUUAAUGACGCACAGACCUGAGAACUCAACACAGAGGCCAAGAUCAAACACACACACACAAAGGAUGAGGGAAUCCCUCGCAAGUGAGUUUUGAGGGCAGCUCCCAUCACCUAGACUGAAUCCAUGUGUUUCUGAUCAUCUCAUUGCUGUAGUUUCUCUGAUUCUGAAAUAGAAUAUAGAGGUAUUGUGUUGCGGAGGGGGGGGGGGGGGGGGGGGGGGGGGGGGGGAUGUGUCAAUGUUCCCUGGCAACCAACACCAGACACAACAAACCUAAACACUGACUGGAUUCAGAGGGAAAGGCUGCGUCAGGGCUGGAGAAUUAGACUGUCCCCUUAAGUUAUCUUAUGACAUAAAUAAAUGGCACAGUCCCAUUUCUAUCCAUACCAAUGGAGGGAUUGUUGGUGUAAAUGCAUUUUCUUCCAUCCCCUUGUAACUAACUCUAACCCUGAUUUCCUGCUCUGUUUCGGAUAAAUCCGAGCAGUAUGUUGGGGGUUUGGAGAAUCUCGAGGUUCUCUAAACUCUAACACGACCUGUGUGUGUGUGUACGCGUACGCAUCUGUGUGUGUGUAGGUUGCAGCGGUAUGUCAGUGGCAAGGAGACACUUGAGUCAGAGCUGUACUCUCGCUUCAUCCUGGUGCUGAAUGAGAAGAAGGCCAAGAUACGCAGUCUACAGGAGAACCUCACACACCUGCAGGAGACCAGGUACAUAGUACACACACAUCCCCCAUCGUUGACCUAACCUAACGUUACCCCACAGGGGGAUGUCUGACCAUGAGGAACCCCCUCAAGGUCACAGGAUAUCACUCAUAUUAUUUCCACACCCCUCUGUAAUAAAGGGAUAUGAUCUGAUUGACCAAGAGGGUUUGACUUAUCAAGGUAACUUCCUUUGAUAUGUUUAUCAUCUAUGUGGUAACCCCUUGUGAUAUAUCCUGAUGGUUUGGUGUUGGUGAUUUGGCCAUCUGGUGGCACAUGCCAGUAUGUAAGUGAUGAAAGGUGUUAUUAAGGUGAUGAGGAAAUAUACAACCUGCCGGUACCACAUUUAAUCCCAUACUGUUCAAUAUAAACGAAUUACCAGGCAAAUAUACAGGUAACUGCCAAAAUAAAGGAAACACCAACAUAAAGCGUCUUAAUAGGGCGUUGGGCCACAACGAGCCAGAACAGCUUCAAUGUACCUUGGCAUAGAUUCUACAAGUGUCUGGAACUCUAUUGGAGGGUUGCGACACCAUUCUUCCACGAGAAAUUCCAUAAUUUGGUGUUUUGUUGACGGUGGUGGAAAACGCUAACUCAGGCGCCGCUCCAGAAUCUCCCAUAAGUGUUCAUCUGGGUUGAGAUCUGGUGACUGAGGCGGCCGUGGCAUGUGGUCCUCUGUAGCUCAGCUGGUAGAGCACGGCGCUUGUAACGCCAAGGUAGUGGGUUCGAUCCCCGGGACUACCCAUACACAAAAAUUUAUGCACGCAUGACUGUAAGUCGCUUUGGAUAAAAGCGUCUGCUAAAUGGCAUAUUAUUAUUAUUAUUAUAUGGUUUACAUCGUUUUCAUGCUCCUCAAACCAUUCAGUGACCACUUGUGCCCUGUGGAUGGGGGCAUAGCCAUGGUAGCCAGAAUAAUGGCCAAAAUAAUGGCCUGCACAGCAUUUUUAUACAUACAUGAACAGCAUAAUGGGGUGUUAAUUGCUUAAUUAACUCAGGAACCACACCUGUGUGGAAGCACCUGCUUUCAAUAUACUCUGUAUCCCUCAUUUACUCAAGGGUUUCCAUUAUUUUGGCAGUUACAUGUGCGCACAGUAUACAAAACCUUCCCAAGUUUUGAUCUUUAACACGUGCACGUGUGUGUGUGUGUUUCAAGCGUCUGUAUAUCUCUGGUCUCUCUAACAGGGAAGAGGGAGAGAGCAGCAGUCCAGGGAAGAGAACGAAAAAGACGACAGGACAGACCAGAGAGGAGGAAGAUGAAUAUGAAGCGAGCACUGAUGAAGACCAGUCCCAGCCUGCCUCUUUAGAACCCACCCAGGGUAGGGUAUACAGAUGUAAACUCAUAUAAAGAAGAAGCACACGUUCAAGUGUCCUUAAAGCUUGUUAAAAGUAAACUUGUCACUGGCAGUGUGUUUGCGUAGUGGUCUCGUAGUGAUGACAGAGCAUGUGUGAUCUCCAUCCUGGAGAGAGUGUUUAGAGCAGAUUUACUCUGGGUUACAUUAGAGCUGUGUGUGUGUGCGUGUGUGUGUGAGCGAUAGAGAAAAUAGUGUGUGAGAGUUGUGUGUGUGUGUGUGUGUGGUCCCCCUGAUUGUAGUCUCUAAGCACUGUCUCAGAGGAGGUGGCUCUGAGGGAAGAGUUGGAGGGUGUAAGGGAUGGUUGACUAGGAAUGAUAAUAGCCCCCGCUACACUACAAUCAUGGAGCUCAGAAGAUCCCCCCCCCCCCCCCCCCCCCCGUUUGUGUCCAGUCCAGUAUAUGAAAGCAUUUAUCCUGUACAGUCUCAUCAUGAACCCUAACCCAUAAAUGUGAACUUAACCUACUGCAGUUUGUCUAUCUAAAUUCAAAAUGUGAGGUGAAGCCCCCAAAUAAUUAUAAUAGCACCCCCCCCCCCCCCCCCCCCCCCCCCCCAGUACCAUCAUGCAGCUCAGAAGAUCCCCCUGUGUAUGUCCAGUGUAUGAAAGCAUUUAUCCUGUACAGACUCAUUAUUAACCCUAAAUUAACCCACUACACUCUGUCUCUGUCUAAAUGUAAGGUAACACGGGACUUAAUGUAGCAUAAGUUUACCUUAUCUUACCUUAUGGUUAAGCUGUUUAUUAUCUAUGCAUAGUCACUUUACCCCUACCUACAUGUACAUAUUACCUCAAUUACCUCAACUAGCCUGUACCACAGCAUAUUGACUCGGCACCGGUACUCCCUGUACUGUAUAUAGCCUUGUUAUUGUUAUUUCUAUUGUGUUACUUAUUUUUUUACAUUAGUUUAUUUAGCAAAUAUUUUCUUAACUUUUAUUUUCUUAAAACUGUAUUGUUUUUUAAGGGCUUGUCAGUAAGUUUUUCACGGUAAGGUCUACACCUGUUGUAUUCAGCGCAUGUGACAAAUACAAUUUAAUUUGAUUUGAAGUGUGUGCUCAAAGAGGGAAAAACCAGCCGUAUUCCAAGAAUCAUGUAAGCGUACAUUACACAUGGCAUGACGGGCAGUCAUGGUAGCGCGAUGUGUGGUGUGUGUGCACUCGUGCCUGUGUGUGUGUACGGAAUCUGUCUGAUUCUGUCUAUAUGACUGGUGUUAUUCCAGCCCAGCCAGGCACCAGCGACGACGUCAGUGAGUGAUGAUUGCGUAACCCUCUGUGAGUGAUUAGUGUAGCGGGCCUCUCUGACCUGCCUGGAGCACCUACCGGGUCAGACACCACUUAUAGAGUAGACUGUGCUGGUAUAGUGGGUAUGGGGCCCUUUGGGGAGGUGGGUAUAGGGCCCCUAGGCCCCCUUUCUCUCCCAGCUGUGUGUUGUGAUUGAGGUGGUAAAUAAGGGUUAUUGUUGGGGUAAAUGGUAGGUAUAAAGGUUUAUUUACUUUACGUACAGUACUAGUCAAAAGUUUGGACACCAACUCAUUCCAGGGUUUUUCUUUAUUUUUACUAUUUUCUACAUUGUAGAAUAAUAGUGAAGAUGUCUAUGAAAUAACACAUGGAAUCAUGUAGUAACCCCAAAAAGUGUUAAACAACAUAUAUUUUAUAUUUGAGAUACUUCAAAGUAGCCACCCUUUGCCUUGAUGACAGCUUUGCACACUCUUGGCAUUCUCUCAACCAGCUUCAGGAGUUAGUCACCUGGAAUGCAUUUCAAUUAACAGGUGUGCCUUGUUAAAAGUUUUUUUUUUUGUUGAGCCAAUCAGUUGUGUUGUGACAAUUUAGGGGUGGUAUACUGAAGAUAGCCCUUUUUGGUAAAAUACCAAGUCCAUAUUAUGGCAAGAACAGCUCAAAUAAGCAAAGAGAAACGACAUUCCAUCAUUACAUCAAGACAUGAAGGUCAGUCAAUCCGGAAAUGUCAAGAACUUUGAAAGUUUCUUCAAGUGCAGUCGCAAAAACCAUCAAGCGCUAUGAUGAACUGGCUCUCAUGAGGACCGCCACAGGAAAGGAAGACCCAGAGUUACCUCUGCUGCAGAGGAUAAGUUCAUUAGAGUUAACUGCACCUCAGAUUGCAGCCCAAAUAAAUGCUUCACAGAGUUCAAGUAACAGACACAUCUCAACAUCAACUGUUCAGAGGAGACUGUGUGAAUCAGGCCUCCACUACUAAAGGACACCAAUAAUAAGAAGAGACUUGUUUGGGCCAAGAAACACGAGCAAUGGACAUUAGACCGGUGGAAAUCUGUCCUUUGGUCUGAUGAGUCCAAAUUUGAGAUUUUUGUAGGUGAACGGAUGAUCUCCGCAUGUAUGGUUCCCACCGUGAAGCAUGGAGGAGGUGGUGUGAAGGUGUGGGGGUGCUUUGCUGGUGACACUGUCUGUGAUUUAUUUAGAAUUCAAGGCACACUUAACCAGCAUGGCUACCACAGCAUUCUGCAGAGAUACGCCAUCCCAUCUGGUUUGCGCUUAGUGGGACUAUCAUUGGUUUUUCAACAGGACAAUGACCCAACACACCUCCAGACUGUGUAAGGGCUAUUUGACCAAGAAGGAGAGUGAUGGAGUGCUGCAUCAGAUGACCUGGCAUCCACAAUCACAUGACCUCAACCCAAUUGAGAUGGUUUGGGAUGAGUUGGACCGUAGAUAGUAAAAAUAAAGACAAACCCUUGAAUAUGUGUAGGUGUGUCCAAACUUUUGACUGGUACUGUGUAGGGGAGGUAGGUAAGAUCCCUAGAAGUCUCUCUGUAUCUCCCAGAUGUGUGCUGUAUUGAGAUGGUGGAUUAGGGUUAUAGCAGGGGUAUUUGGUAGAUAGGUAAUGGUUGUGUCCCUCCCUCUAACAGCUGUAUUUUGUAAACUGAUGGGCAAAUAUUCACAGGUUCCUGUGUUGCUUUGGUUGCCAUGACAAUGAAUCAGUUUAUUAGUGUGUUGCCAGGAAGGGCAGAGAAAAUGGGGAAGGGGCAAAGUGGUUAUGUUUUCAGUAAUGAGUUUGAGAUAAACUGUGUGUGUGUGUGUGUGUGUUAUAACACACUUGACAAGUUUAUUUUCUUUCUGCCAGUCUGGUCUUGGCUAGCCCCAUACCAAGCUGUGUGGCUUGUAGCCUAUAUGUCGUUAAAUGUGUGUGUGUGUGUGUGUGUGUGUGUGUGUGUGUGUGUGUGUGGCUGUGUCGUUAACUGUGUGACGGCGGUUUAUAACGACCCAGGUGUCACAUUAUGGCUACAGGCACCAUGGAUUGACCCCCAUUUACCCAAUGUCUCACCCACUCCAGUUGCUUUUUAUUGUAUUUUAUUUACCGGCCUGCCUGCCUGCCUAAUGUGAUGAAUGAGGCUAUUCAUUUUAACACAGUGUUUUUACAGACUGCCAGCCUGAGUGACCAGAGACUCAUGUUACUGUUACACACUGAAUAGAACUCUAUUAGUCUAUGAGUAAUAAUGCUGAAGCAAGAAUAUUACCUCCCCUGUACUUGGUUUAAUGGAAUAAUAAGCAAGCAGUUUUGAUGCUGGUGAUGCUGAUGUAUCCCCCAUCCAUGUGUCUAUUUCCUCCUCCCUCCUCCACUUGUCUACUGUGGGCACGUUUCUCUGUCCUCCCAUCAGUCAAAUGGGCUGAUCUGUGGAAGGAAGGGGACACCUGUGAGAGGGGGAGAAAGGGGGAACCGGGAAUGGAGGGAGAGAGGGAGGGAGGGAAGGAGAAGCACACAACUCCUUCCUUCCUGGACAGACCAGAUGUGGGUGGCUGCAGACCCAAACUCUGCUUGUGUUCACUGUGUUUCAGAAGCUGAGAAACAUGUAGCUAUGUAGCUAGCAAUGUAGUAGAUGUUUCUAACAUCUUUCAUUGUAGAGUCAACUAAAUUCAGUUUACGACCAAAUCUUACAAUUGGACUCCGUAUUGACUCUGCGUGACUCAGUAGCACAAAGGUUAAAUUAAUAUACCUUCAGAAAGUAUUCAUACUCCUUGACUUAUUCUACAUUUUGUUGUGUAACAGCCUAAAUUCAAAAUUGAUUAAAUCGUUUUUUUUCACACCCAUCUACAAACAAUAGUGAAAACAUGUUUUUAGAAAUGUUUGCAAAUGUAUUGAAAAUAUCUAAUUUACUUAAGUAUUCACACCCCUUUGGCAGUGAUUUGAGUCGUCUGUAUCAGCUUUGCACACCUGGAUUUGGGAAUUUUCUCCCAUUCUUCCUUGCAAAUUUUCUUAAGCUCUGUUAAGUUAGAUGGGGAGCGGCGGUGUACAGCAAUCUUCAAGUCUUUCCACAGAUUUUGUCUGGCUUUUGGCUGGGCCACUCAAGGACUUUCACAUUAUUGUUCUGAAGCCAUUCCAGCGUUGCUUAGGCUGUAUACUUUCUGAAGGCACUGUAUUUUGACUCUGUACUGACUCUUGUGUGUUCGCUCCUCAGGGACGUCGCGUAGCCGCAGCCCAUUGGACGACAGUCUGAAUGACAUCACAGAUGUGGCACCCUGCCGUAAACGCCGCUUCCGCCACCUGCAACCUCCUGACACCGUUGCUAAGAGACCGACCCUGGAGCCAGCGCAGAAACAGAGGUACGGAUACAACACACACCCCACACACACUCCACAUUUCCUUCUCAGAUGUCUCUACUGCCAGACUCUAAAUCAUUAGGUAAUCCUCAUAUAUGUGUCUGUGACACCUCUGACCGAAAAUAGCAGCUUUACACACUCACACACAAAUAGUGGCAAAGGUGGCUGAGAAACACACAGGGCUAUGACGUGAUGAUGAGUUUCCCAACAUGGUCUCCUGUGUAGAUAUGUGUUGUAGAUCUGUUGUCCUGACUCCUGAGUGCUGGUUUCUGUCUGCCAAACACACGUCCACUGAGCUUUGGUCUUUCUCUGUAUUUCUCUUCUCUGAAAUGGGAAUGUCACUUCGUUCUUCCCCCCCAGCUCUCUCCAUCUCUCUUUCUUGCUGUCUCUCUUUCUUCCUCGCUCCCUCCCUCCCUCCCUCCCACCCCAGCCACUCUCACGAUGUCUGAGACUUUGUCAUAGAUAUGUAAAAGGCACUUGCCUUUCCACUGAUAGUCUGUCUCUGUCUGUGUUUAUGAAUGGGAAAAUAACUUCAAGUUAUGUAGCGCUGCUACAGCUUUACACUCCUAGCAACAGGUGAGCUCUCAAACAAGACUGGAUCACAACAUAGGGAAAUACUGUAGCUUUGAAAACCAAAGUAUUUUAGCCAAAUUACGUACAUGAUUGUGCGAUUUACAUGGAAGCUGUCAUAAACUGGUCCACUCUGGCCACCUCACAAUGGUGACAACAUGUCUAUUAACACGUGACACCAUCUCUCAGAGCGUGUGUAUGUGUUCUUGCUUGCGCACUUGCGCGUAUGUGCGACUGCGUGUAUGAACAUGUGACAGAGCCUCUCUCCCUGCUCUAGUCCAUGAGUCACACAUGACAGGCAUAGAAAACAUUUAAUCACUAGACCAACAGUGGACCGACCAGAGAGGGUUGGAAGAGCCUGGGCUUUUAAAAUUCCCUUGAGUAAUCCCUAUAAAUAAAAUAAUCACCCUAAAAUACAGAUAGUAGCUUGGCGUGGUUAAUUGAACCUGGUGUUUGAAGAGGGGAGGAAAUGAGGAUAGAUGUGAGGAGGAGACAGGAAAUGAAAUGAGUGGAAGGGAGAGAGGAAAGCAGGAGACAGGAGAGAAGGAGAUGGGGACAAAAAGAGGAUCAUGAUGUUAAAGAAGCUAGCUCGUAAGGACACUUAACUGUGUGACAUUGUUCCUGGUGUCAUGGAUCUGCUUGUGGCUGCCAUGCAGUGACAGAGGAAGACAUAAUGACACUACCUCCUAGUCCUGAGGAGAGGAAAGGAGAAGAGAAGAGAAGAGAAGAGAAGAGAAGAGAAGAGAAGAGAAGAGAAGAGAAGAGAAGAGAAGAGAGAAGAGAAGAGAAGAGAAGAGAAGAGAAGAGAAGAGAAGAGAAGAGAAGAGAAGAGAAGAGAAGAGAAGAGAAGAGAAGAGAAGAGAAGAAACGGGUCGGUCCGCCUCGAGGAAGAGGGGUCAUUCCACCUCAAAAAGCACAAGAAAGAGGUUUGACGUCCACCAUCUCAGAUUGUUCUGAUAUUGUUUCUGUUGUUAGAAACAGAUAAGAUUAGCAUUCCUGCAACAUUAUUUUGUUGAAAUAUAAUUUGAUCUCUGAGAAAUUAAGCUAAUUGAUUGCACCAAAAUUGGCAAUUUUAAUUAUUCAAUAAAUAUAGUACCUAACGUCCAAUUUGGACCAAACUUUUUUUCUAACAGUAACCAGGUUUCCAUCCAACCUUGUUUUGCGAGUAAAGUCCAUAACAAUAAUCUCAUGUAGGCUAUAUGUGUGCUCUCGCUAAUAGCGCUGUUGGCUAGAGCGCACAUGCCAGUUUGCACACUCGCUAUAUAACACCAUUUUGUUGGUGAGAAAACCAUCAGUAGGGUUAAAAAUGCUAUGGAAACCCAUUUGACUUGUAUUUUUUAUUCGGUACAAGGGAAUUUAACCGCAAAAGGUAUUUUAUGUGCACUACGUCAUCACGCACAGCCUUUUAACUGCAACAGGUACAUUUGAUGGAAACACAUAUCUGGUGGGAAAAUUGACUUUUUUUUUUAAUGCAGAUUUGAGAAUAUUCACAUGAAAAUCUGUCGCCAAUUGGAUGGAAACCUAGCUAUUGAGUUAGACAUGAGGAAUCCAAAGGAAUUGUCAAAAAGUUAGCAUUUGAAACAGUGGCCAGGUAAACAAAACCAAAGCAUGGGUUGCUGUCAUACCUGGUCCAUAGACUGCUUACAGGGUAAGAAAAGCAGUAUGUACUUUUAUAAUUUGGGUGAACUAUCCCAUUAACAAUGGGAUUCUUAAAAAAAGUAUCACCUAAUAGCAGGAACAGCACCAUCUAGUGGUCAGAACCUGUUAAUAUCAGGAUGCAGGAUGGGACAUAAACCCAACAACUUAAAUUACUAAUUUCUGUGAACAGGGGGAAAAAACAUGGGUGUCAUGGCUUGCUGAAAUGACAUGGAACAACCAGGAGAGGACAAGAGAAGGGAGGAGAAAGAGAGGAGAUUCAACAGAACGGAACAGUGUAUUUGGUGGCCCAUAGUGUCUCGAUGUUGUAGCUGCCCAGUCGGACGUUCCUGAACUUACCCAACCAGCUGACCUCACACUUUCCACUCCUGCGGUGUGCUAGAGGACAACCUGUGGAAAACACCACAGCUGGCCACCCGAAGGCCCUAUCACGUCUACACUGAAGCUCACUUUAUUGGUGUUAAAAUGCCACUGCUCUCCUGCAGUCUCUCUGGCUUUAUGGUGCUGCUGAUUGUGUUUUAGACUACAACGCACACACAUACUGGCACAUACUGGCACACACACACAACAGGUUGCUGCAGGCGGUCCAGCUGGUCAUGGGAAGAUUGGUACUGUUACUGUACAUCAGCCGAAGGAGAAAUAACUCUUGACACGAUAAGACCCGAAGACAUGUUUUAGCUGCUGCUCUUUGUUCUGAAAGCUGUUGUUUAUUUCUCAGCGUUCUUGUUGGAUGUUGAUAUAAAAGCACAGUGUGGUCUAAAUAUCAGAUCAUAUGUCUGUUGAUUAAUAAUGUCAUGUGGGGACAUUGGAUAUUAAGAGAGGAUUCUGGGUAAAGCUAUGGAGAUCAGGCACAGACUGACAGUCCAGUAGGGGAUCUGAUUAGAGAAAGUCUUAUACUGAACAAAAAUAUAAACGCAACAUGAGCUGAAAUAAAAGAUCCUAGAAAUCUUCCAUAUGCACAAAAAGCAUAUUUCUCUACAUUAUUUUGCACAAAUUGGUUUACAUCCCUGUUAGUGAGCAUUUCUCCUUUGCCAAGAUAACCCAUCCACCUGACAGGUGUGGCAUAUCAAGAAGCUGAUUAAACAGUAUGAUUAUUACACAGGUGCACCUUGUGCUAAGGACAAUAAAAGGCCACUCUAAAAUGUGCAGUUUUGUCCCACAACACAAUGCCACAGAUGUCUCAAGUUUUGAAGAAACAUGCAAUUGGCAUGCUGACUGCAGGAAUGUCCACCAGAGGUGUUUCCAGAGAAUUGAAUGUUAAUUUCUCUACCAUAAGCCGCCUCCAACAUCGUUUUAGAGAAUUUGGCUGUACGUCCAACCGGCCUCACAACCGCAGACCACGUGUAACCACGCCAGCCCAGGACCACCACAUCCGGCUUCUUCACCUGCAUGAGACGAGCCACCUGGUGAGCUGAUGAAACUGUGGGUUUGAACAACCAAAGGAUUUCUGCACAAACUGUCAGAAACCGUCUCAGGGAAGCUCAUCUGCGUGCUCGUCGUCCUCACCAGGUUCUUGACCUGACUGCAGUUUCAACUGUACUGGGCAGAUGGCAGACAGUGUGUGUGGUGUCAUGUGGGCGAGCGGUUUGCUGAUGUCAACAUUGUGGACAGAGUGCCCCAUGGUGUCGGUGGCGUUUAGGUAUGGGCAGGCAUAAGCUACAGACAACGGAACACAAUUGCAUUUUAUCGAUGGCAAUUUGAAUGCACAGAGAUAUCGUGACGAGAUCCUGAGGCCCAUUGUCGUGCCAUUCAUCCACCGCCAUCACCUCAUGUUUUAGCAUGAUAAUGCACAGCCCCAUGUCGCAAGGAUCUAUACACAAUUCCUGGAAGCUGAAAAUGGCCCAGUUCUUCCAUGGCCUGCAUUCUCACCAGACAUGUCACCCAUUAAGCAUGUUUGGGAUGUUCUGGAUCGACGUGUACGAGAGUGUGUUCCAGUUCCCGCCAAAACCCAGCAACUUCGCACAGCUAUAUAAGAGGAGUGGGACAACAUUCCGCAGGCCACAGUCAACAGCCUGAUCAACUCUAUGUGAAGGAGAUGCAUGAGUCAAAUGGUGGUCACACCAGAUACUGACUGGUUUUCUGAUCCACGCCACCUACCUUUUUUUUAAGGUAUCUGUGAACAACAGAUGCGUAUCUGUAUUCCCAGUCAUGGGAAAUCCAUAGAUUAAAUGCUUUAUUUAUUUAUUUCAAUUGACUGAUUUCCUUAAAUGAACUGUACCUCAGUACAAUCUUUGAAAUUGUUGCAUGUUGUGUCAUUUCUUUAUGUAAAAGGCAUUAUACUCAGUGGGACUUGAGUUGUAGAGAUUGUGGAUCUGUCCGUUUACUGUUCUGCUGUGCAUCGGCUGAUUUUCCCAAAUGGACCCUUUCUGAUCUAGAUCAUACUGUAGUUCACACACACACACACACACAUACACAAACGCAUACAAGACAAGGUAUUGACACAGUGCUGUAUGUGUACUUGUGUGUGUGUACUCGUGUGUUUCCGCAUGUAUGUGUGGUUGCAUGGUGCUGGUUUGCGUAGGUUUAUAAACAAUACUUGGCACAAACUAUUAAAGACUGGCACAUCCAUACUCCCACACACACUAACCUUCUCCAUCUGAGGCUCAGAGACAGGGAUCUGUGUUUACAUCAGUCAGCUCUACCUUCUGCUUCAUACAGAAACAUUACCCUUGGGGGGUUGCUGGUAUGUCACAGGACCACCUGUGUGUGCGUGCGAGUGUGUGCGCUUCCAGGAGUGUAACUGUUUUCUCAUAUUGGUGAUAACGAUUGAAAACAAGUUGGAUGGCUUUGCUCUCUACAUACACCACACCACACACACACACCACACUGUGGCCUGUCAGUCAGAGGCCAAAGGUCAGAGGUGAGCCUUGUUAAUGAGAUGAUUUACUAGGAGCAAGUGGGUGAGGUCAAAUAGAGCUCCUCAAAACGAAUACACCUGAGGAAAGAGAGCUAACCACCCACCUACUUUAUUCUUUCUCUUCCUCUCCAUUUCUCAACUUUCUCUCUCUGUUUUACCGGAUAAUUUGUGACUUCAGUUUUCCGUCUGCAUAGGGAAGUACUGACAACGCAGUAACCAUGGUCAUAUUUCCCUCCUUCCUUCUGUACUUUCAGUAGGGAAGAAAUCAAGAGUGCGGAUUUCAUCUACACACACACAUUUACGACAUUGCCAGUUCUGUCUAGAUUGUUAGCCCUCAUUAAUAUUGCGGCUGUGUUUAACGAGGGGACUGCUGGAUGGUGGAAGGACGUGAGGAGUUGAUUGUGUUAAAGGGAUACUUCGAGAUUUUGGCAAUUAAGCCCUUUAUCUACUUCCCCAGAGUCAGAUGAAACCGUGGAUACCAUUUUUAUGUCUGCGUGUGCGGUUUGAAGGCAAUUGCUAACUAGUGUUAACGCAAUGACUGGAAGUCUAUGCUUAUCUGCUAGUAUGCUAGCAGAUUCCCAUAGACUUCCAGCAUGGUAGCAGAUUCCCAUAGACUUCCAGUCGUUGCGCUAAUGCUAGUUAGCAUUGGCUCGCAAAACUACCUCUAACUUCCUUCGUACUGGACACAGAGACAUAGAAAUGGUAUCCACAAGUUCAUCUGAAUCCUCAUUGUCAAAUGUAUCCCUUUAAUGUGUUUCAAGGUUCUUCUGUCAGUUCAGUAUAUGACUAAUAGCUCUGUUAAAGUGGUGUGUAUCAAACCUGUUUACUCAUUAGCAGUUACUGUAGUAUGUUACAGUGGAGUAUCUCAGCUCAAAGAUGCACACAUACACACACACACACACACACACACACACAGUGCCACAAACCUGCUCCCAACUAUUGACACACUGUUUCCACAAAGGAGAGAGCUUGGCGUGUGUGUGAAUGGUUUAUAUGUGUUGUUUGAACUUUUGGGGGGGGGAGUGGUAAUGGGUUGUGUGUGUGUGUGUGUGGGUGGGGGGGGGGGGGGGGGGGUGCCUGCGUGUGUGCACUUUAUAAUGGAGUCCAUAUCUCCCUGUGUGUGUUGCCUCUAGGUAGGUUUGCAACUUGCAAAACUACCGAUUAAUAUAUCAAAGUUACCGGAACUUUCGGUAGUUUUGGUAAUAACAGGUAAUCUAUGGCAAUCUAUGGUAACUUUGGUAAUUUAUACUUAAAUAACUUUAGAAAAAUGUAUUAAUAUACAGUAUAUAGUAUAAAUGUUUUAUAUCUGUCCAUAUUGUCCAUUUGUUUAUAGUAGAAAGACCAUAUGGUUCAAGAGAAAACAGCCAAAUUAUUGAUAGAAGUAUAUAAUCAAUAAUGGCAUUAUUUUCAAUUAACUCUGCAACUCUUCCAACUAUAGAUUUUUUUCACAGCUGCCACCAUUUUGACGCCGAAACAACAUUUACAACAAAAACAUAUUGACAUAGUAAAAUCAAUGUGUGUCAAAAAAUAUACAGUAUAUUUCAUGUUAAAAGCGUCAUAAUAAACACCAAUGGUAUUCACUAAGUUGAUGGUUUAUAUUUAGGAUAAUGUUUUACAGCUUUGCCAAUCUAUUUUUUUAUUUUAAUAUCGUUUUAUGAUUAUUUUAUAUAUUUUACAUGUGAUAAGGCCACACAGAUUGCCCACGGGGGGCAAGUAUAUAAAAAAUUAAAUACAUGUAUGCACUCAUUAACUGUAAGUCGCUCUGGAUAAGAGCGUCUGCUAAAUGACUAAAAUGUAAAAGAAAUUGCCAGAGAUAAUUAGACAGCUGUGAUCAUCUGAAAUACCCCAAAAGGCCACUAGAUGUCAUGUGAUAAAAUUCCAAAAGAUAACUAGGAAGUUACCUAAAUGCUGAUAGUUUACUGGUAAACUUUUUACAAAUGUCCAGUAAUAUACCCUCCCUUUGCAACCCUACUUCCAGGUUUGUUAUGAGGAGUGUUUGAGAAUGAAAGCAACACUAUGCUGGAAACUGUCACCCCUAAUCAGGAUAAUAGGUAAUUUAUUGAUUUGUAGAAACUACAGUACUUUGGAUUGAAUAAAGAAACACACCUUUUUAAACGUAGUGAAAACCUGAUAUAAAUGUGUAAAAACAUAUAAACGUUUUAACCCUUUAACAAACCAACCUGCAGUGUCAGGCUGAUUGUAGUCAAUCACUCUUCUGUUUGCUGUAGGUCAUUCAGCAGGUGAGUGGAGCAGACCUAGGCAGAAAAUAGUUGUUUUUUUGUAGUUUAUUUGAAAAUACGAAUUCAAAUACUCAAGGUAGUUGAAUAUAGUUUACUGUAAUCCAUAGAAGGGUUUUGGAACCUCUAACCUUGGCAAUUGGACUGUUAAACUCAUGUACACUAGCAAUGGCUACCAGUCUUGACUUGAGUGGGAACUGCCAUCUAUGGAUUAUAUGUCUAUGGUUGGUUACGGCUGUCAAUUUUCCUUUUGCAAAUUUCAAAAUACAAUCGCGCGAAAAACGUACAGUUUGGAAAGCAAAUGCUGUCAUUACUAAAUGUGUAAUGUGAUAGACAUUACUAUUUUCUUAUACACAAAACAUUUGAUUAAUAAAAUAUUGAAUCAGUCUCUUCCAAAUGAAGGGGAUGAUGAGACAAUAUUUGUGAGAGGGAGGGUAUCGGAUUUCAUUGGUCCUCAACUCGCAGCUCAGACACUUCAUUCAGGAUAAAUGGAGUUAGCUUGCCCCGGAGCAGGUAAGUUCUGAAGGAUUUGUUGCCAAAGAAAUGUAACUGGCUGAAAAGUGAGCCACUUUCCUGGUACCGGUUAUCCCGAGUUGAACUCAGACCCAAAGUUACCUCGCUAACUCCUCAAACCUGAUUCGUAGUAUAGGGCUCUUCUCUCCUCUGUGUUUGUGUGCGUGUGCGUGCAUGUAUGUGUGCGUGCGUGUCGAAAAGUGCAGACAGCCCUAGGUUUGAAUAUCAGUGGUAUGCAUUCAGUGUGGUUUUCCAUACAGGAAGACAGCCAUUGGUUAGAAAACAAAUGAAAAACCCUGCACACUCCGAUGGCUCCGACGCAAUACAUGUAAUAAUCAAUUCAAUCAACAACAGUCAUUGCUUUACUGCUUGGGUUAGACUGACAUUUUUGUGUGUGUAUUGGCAGGAGGGAUCCCCUGCCAUCGUCCAGAGCAGCAGCCAAUCAGGACCAGGCUCCCCAGCUCCCUGAUGUCAGUCCUGAUGCUGAGGACCUGUUUGAGGACAUCUGAGUUCUAACCACUCACUCCUCAAUCAAAUUAUUUCUAUCCCUCACUCCUUAUAUCUCUCUCUCCUCCAUCACUUACGUCUGUCACUCUAUCAGCCGGUCCCAACUCUCUUAGAACCCCUUCCCCUAAUUAACCCCUUUCAUGUUUGUAAAUCUGAAAGAUCAGGAUAGGUAUAAACAGUGUGGUGAUGGAGCUUCCACCCUAUUCCUUACAGAUCCAAACUUAAAAGUGUAUUAUUGAUAUCAUGAAUUUGGCAUCCUAUUUAUAGUGCUCCUUGUCCCAGUCUAUAGGGCUAAUGGUAACUACUUCUAAACUUACAAAAAUCCAAUCAACCAUGGAUGAAUGAUAGUAUACCUAGUUUCACGCUGAAAUUAUGGUGUCCUUUGGGCAAAUCAGAUGU